UAAGCCGCUUUCUCUACCGGCUUGACAGUGCGGUCGAUGAAUGGCGAGUUCAAUUCGCUAUGUAUACGCGUGACGUUGGGCACUCGUGGAUUUCGUCAGAUCGCGCGGAAAUGUUAUCGCGUUCGAUGUCGCGACUGUCGAGCUUGGAAAGCGACACGAUGUGUACAUUCGCGGCGAAUUUGAGCGGUAUUUUUGCUUAUCUCAACUACCUGACACCGAAGAGCAGAAAGGAAAUCCUGGAAUUGCUAGUCGGUGGUCUGAAAAGAUUAGAGUAUCGUGGAUAUGAUUCUGCAGGCGUCGCCCUCGACAGCGCUGAUGGCAAGGACAUCUCGAUUAUUAAGAAGCAGGGAAAGGUCAAGGCUCUCGAGGAGGAAAUAUUUUGCCGUACCAAUAUUGACUUCGAGUCAAAGACUCAAUGUCACGUCGGGAUCGCUCACACGCGAUGGGCGACCCACGGUGUGCCAUCGGCGUUGAAUGCCCACCCUCAGCGUUCCGACAGCGAGCAUGCUUUCUUGGUUGUGCACAAUGGUAUCGUGACGAAUUACAAGGAGGUGAAAACUCUGCUGCAACAAAGAGGAUAUGCGUUUGAGAGUGACACCGAUACGGAGGUGAUCGCGAAACUGAUUCACCAUCUUUGGGUGCAACAUCCUGCGUAUUCAUUCCGCGAGCUCGUCGAACAGGUCGUCCAGCAGUUGGAGGGUGCUUUCGCUCUUUGCUUCAAAAGCAAAUACUUCCCGGGUGAAUGCGUGGCCACGAGACGAGGUUCGCCGCUUCUCGUUGGUAUCAAGACGAAAACGAGACUGGCGACGGAUCAUGUACCUAUCUUGUACGGGAAAGACGACCUUCAACGCGCGAACAAAGAAGGCGAAGCACCGUCUCAAGAUCAUCGUCCGCACGGCAGAAAUUCUGAACUUCCGGUCAUACCGCGUAGCGAGAGCACGUCCGAAUUUCAACCUCUGGAGGACAAGGAGGUGGAAUAUUUCUUCGCUUCUGAUGCCAGCGCCGUGAUUGAACAUACGAAUCGUGUGAUAUUUCUAGAGGACGACGAUGUGGCGGCUGUUAAGGAAGGUGCCCUGAGUAUUCAUCGUCUGCGUCGCUGUAUGGACGAUCCUCAUGCUCGCGAGAUCACGACGCUCAAGAUGGAGAUUCAGCAAAUUAUGAAGGGCAAUUACGAGUACUUUAUGCAGAAGGAAAUCUUUGAGCAGCCCGAGUCGGUAGUGAACACUAUGAGAGGACGACUCAACUUCCAGGACAAUUCUGUUACGCUGGGCGGCAUCAAGGAUUAUAUACCGGAAAUCAAACGGUGCAGGCGUCUCAUGUUGAUCGGUUGUGGCACGAGCUACCAUUCUGCUAUAGCCACGCGACAGCUCCUCGAAGAGCUGACAGAGUUGCCGGUGAUGGUCGAGCUCGCGUCCGACUUUCUCGACCGUAACACGCCGGUCUUUAGGGACGACGUCUGUUUCUUCAUUUCGCAAUCAGGUGAAACGGCUGAUACGUUAAUGGCACUGCGUUAUUGCAAGAGUCGUGGUGCUCUUAUAGUGGGUAUUACCAACACCGUCGGUAGCAGCAUUUGCCGCGAAUCCCAUUGCGGUGUGCACAUAAACGCCGGUCCUGAGAUCGGUGUAGCCAGCACCAAGGCUUAUACCUCGCAAUUCAUUUCUCUUGUAAUGUUCGCUCUGGUGAUGAGCGAAGACAGAAUCUCUCUCGGUUCGAGACGCCAACAGAUUAUCGAAGGUUUGAAGAAUCUGGACAAUCUUAUUCGCGAGGUAUUGAAGCUCGAUGACAAGGUCAAGGAACUGGCCAAGUCACUGUUUCAGCACAAGUCCCUGCUGAUAAUGGGUCGUGGAUACAAUUUUGCUACGUGUAUGGAAGGCGCGCUCAAAGUAAAAGAGUUGACGUAUAUGCACAGCGAGGGUAUUAUGGCUGGCGAAUUAAAACACGGUCCUUUAGCUCUCGUCGACGACUCCAUGCCGGUAAUUAUGAUCGUGAUGAGAGACCCGGUGUAUGUGAAAUGCAUGAACGCGCUGCAGCAAGUUACCGCGCGAGACGGUAAGCCGAUUGUUAUUUGUGAAGAGGGAGAUGAGGACACGAAAUCAUUCGCCGAUCGAGCUCUCGAGAUACCUAAGACAGUUGACUGUCUACAAGGAAUUCUCACCGUCAUUCCCAUGCAACUGCUGUCCUUCCAUAUUGCGGUUUUGCGUGGUUGCAACGUCGACUGUCCGAGGAAUCUGGCCAAGUCAGUGACGGUCGAAUAGAGAAGAUUGGACACACUGUUCUUCGUGAAGCUUUCACGGGUCUCGGGUAUCAUCGGGGAGUUACUGGUAGCUUUUGGAAUCCUGUGGAAACUCGUCGAGCUUCGUCGAAAGCCUGUCGAGAAUUGUAGAUGGGAAGGAAAAGACGAGAAAUUGUUAGUACCAGAAUGUACCACAUGUCAUUCAUAUCAAUUGAUAUUCAUUCUUUUCUUUUUUCAAAUCAUCGCUACUCGCGUUUUAUAUUUUAUGACGCUUAAUACGUGAAUAUGUUAAAUGCAUAAAAGCUUAACACUAAACUCGCAACCGAGCGUUCUUUUGCUUGUGCCACAAGAGCAAAAUAUUUUUUUCACGCGAGUAUGUUGUAAAAUUUUCGGAAGCGGCAACUGAAAUUGAUUCGUCACACGACAAUAAUGUCGUAAUCGAUGCAACGUUCCUUUUCGCAAGCGAUAAUAAUACAAAGAAAUUUCAUUGCAUUUAACAUUUGUAUCUUAAUUCGCGUAUGACGCCUCUAAUGGUUUGUAUUUCAUUUAAAUAUGAUUAAAGGCGAGCAAAUAUGAUUAAUUUUUGUUUGUGGGAUAGGACGCAAUUCACAUAUCCUUACGAUCGAAUAAAUACGUUCGUUAUCAUUGUGCUACAUUUCAAGAAAAGACUCUCGUUUCAAAGCAUAUUUAAAAUAGUCUUUUAGUUAGUAUACUUUCUUUGUUACAUCAUCAUUAUCAUUAUGUCAAAACGUUAAUUGAUGCGUCACGUACAUAUGACGUUAAUGUCACGAUAAUUGAGUAUGACGCACGUAUACGAUACUGAUAACAAACGUGCCAAUUAUUUUAAAACUUUUUGAACGAUGGCCUGCAUACGUCGAUGGCUGAGUCAAUUUUGACGUAUGAAUGUGUUCUUUUUGCGCGUUUAAAAAGAAACUAAAUUUUUCUACUAAUUUAUCAGUAAUCGCAUUAUAUAGUAUUUACAAUAUUUUGCAGUAAUUGUCAUUCAUCAUUAAGCUCAAAUUUAAUAAUACGCGAAGAAAAUUGCGAUUUUCGUAAACAGUAACUUUGCACAGCCACUGUUUGUGCAAAGGGUAAGACUGCGAUAGGAAUUUCCGUGCGUUCCAACGACUAUUACGAUAGACUGUAUUAGACGUGCGACAUUUCAUGAA